AUUAGCGCGGAGGGAGAACUACGCCCUUGGAAGCGAACAAAAUUUGUUUUCACCAUCGAGGUCAGAGCUGUCAAAAAAGGAAACUAUGAGCUGCCGUCUGCAAGUGGCACAAUGACAACUGGAGCAGAUGCACAAAUGUUAUCUUGAAGAUAUAGGCUGAGAAAAAGCUUUGCACCUCAGUGAUUAAAAAUGGUCCAAGAAACGGUAAAUCACAGUCGUCGUGCAAUUAAUUUGUUGUUUUGUGAGAAAAUGGGAAAGAGUCAGAAAAAUCAGCUGGGACCUGGGAACCAUGUCCCUUGCAAAGAUUCGACAGAAAAGUGUAUUAAUUUACAGACACGGUUAGGACCAUCAAAAGAGCAUUUGCUUGAAAAACUGAGAGAAAUUGUUAAGCAAUUUCCAGCACCCAAACUGGACAACUCAAUAAGUGUGCAGAGGGAUAAAGCUGUCUCUACUAUACGCUGCCUAACACAUUUUUAUAACUGCAAUUCUUCAACUUAUGCCAUUGCAGUUAGCUGUCUAGACAGAUUUCUAGCAAAAGUCAAGGUCCAGCCAAAGUAUUAUUCUUGCCUUGCAACAGCCUGUUUUUAUCUGUCCAGCAAAUUUCAUGAGGAAAAUGAGGAUGUUCCAUCAGCGACAGAGUUAUCUAACUUGAUGCAGCAUGCCUGGAAGUCCUCCGAUUUGAAGAGAAUGGAGACAGUUGUCAUGCAGAAGCUUGACUGGAAACUGUGGGUUCAGACUUGUCCUUCUCUACUUAAGACUUUGUGUGAUAUAUGUACAACAACCAAGGUGCUAGAUCACCAUUUUCUUUCACAACUUGUCCAAAAGUUUGAGAUUUGCAUCAACUACAGCUCAUGUGCAAUAUACUCUACUGCUUGUUUAGCACUAAGUUUACUUCAACAUGGUCUGAAGGAAAAAGAAUUACUGGAUAAUGCAAUGAACCAGUGUUUAUUUAAUCUUCACAAUGUAUGCCAGGUUUCUGAUGCUGAGCUUUAUGAGUGCCAUGAUGCAGUGUCCCAAGUGCUUGACAACUAUAGAAAUAGUCCCAAGAGUCACCCCUCCUGUCUCCCGAUGCCUAAACCUUUCCUUCGACCCAAUCUCGUGUCCCGUCCUAGCCUCUAUGGAGAUUCUGAGUUACCUGCCAUUGAAGAAGACCCCUCGGUGGAUUUAUUAGUCAGCGAGACUGAAAGUGAUAAUGAAGAGAUAAGAGUCAGCCAUCAGAAGUUUGUGUUUGGAGGCCACAGUUGGAGUACCUGUAUUUUACCUCAGAAGUCUGCAACAUGCAGCCUGGAAUAAAUGUGCAAUAUUCAGCAAAUGAGAGCUUUAUUAGCUCAGAUUGAGCUCAGUAGACAUUUUAUUAUAUUACUGAAAUCAAAAUUAUUUAUUUUUACACAAAUCAAUUAUUUUAUUUUCCACAAUGGCAAGAAAGAACUAAUGCUUGCAGAGACAAAAGUAUUUUAGAUUCAUUAUUUUGUUAUUUAUUAAAUUGUGUGACUGUCUGUUAUUUAAAUAUAAAUUAAUUUUUAGUGUAGUGUGAAUGGAUAAAGGGUUAAGCACUAAAGAACUGCUAUGGUUAGUUCAAAAGUACAAUGUAUAUUGUUUUGUUUUUUUUAUUAAUUUUUAUUUUUAUGUGUGGAUGUGUACAAUUGCAGGGUGGAAAAGUAUAUAUUCAAUCUGGAAAUCCACUGUUGACUAGCCUAAGUAACACAUAUUUUAUUUUAUAUCUAUGUUUUAAUGUGUAUUUGUGUUUUAAUGAGUAUAUUAAAGUGUUGAAUGUGUAGAUAUAUGCGAAAAGAAAAUACACAGUAUAUUUCCUAGAAUUGGUGCAAAUAAAUUUAUUUUUUUGAAGCU